GAGUACCUGUGAAUGAAAUGAGAGCUAACCUGGCAAGUUUGUGUUUAAAGUAAGAACUAAGGAUUUCGUCACCUUCUCCAUCGCAACAAGAUCAUUAGCUGCCUGAACCACCUAAUCUCUGUGCGUCUGUCUGCACCGGACGAAGGGGCGGGGCAGAGGCGUCACGUCAUAUCAGCCGCCGCGCUCCGAUUGGCUGCCGACUCUCACCCGACACAGCUGAGAUUGUUUUCUGCAGAGGAAGCUGCUGUUCUCGUUGGAAUGAUCAGCCCUUCUUUACUAGCUGAAUGAAGCAACACGGCGUGUUUACCGAAGAAGAUAUGAACAAAACAACGUCAUUUGUGUGACUGUUGUAGAGAGCAGGAAAACAAAGCGGGGGGGGGGAUCCUGGCUGCAUGAGCAGGCGUGGAGGUUUCUGUUUGAAUCAGACUCUGAAACCGUCUAAAGAGCAAGAGCAAAAGUGCCAAAUGCCCAGACUAGACGACCACUGCUGGAGCUGCUCUUGUUCACCGAAGGCUGAGACCAAGCAUUCGUCCGGAGCGAACUGGUUCGCUUCCAAAGCUGAAGAGAUGAUGUCCAUCAUCACCGCGAUGCUUGGCAGCGCCUACGGCUCCCUGCACGACGUCCGCACCGCCAACCUCAUCCGGAGGGGUCUGGUCCUCUUCACAGUGGGGGCAUUUCUGGCGCUGGUGCUCAACUUGCUGCAGAUACAGAGAAAUGUCACUCUGUUUCCCGAAGAGGUGAUGACAACUCUGUUGUCAUCUGCCUGGUGGAUCCCCCCAUGCUGCGGGACAGGAGCUGCUGUUAUCGGCCUUCUCUAUCCCUGCCUCGACAGCCAUUUGGGUGAGCCGCACAAGUUCAAGAGAGAGUGGGCCAGUGUGAUGAGAUGUAUCGCAGUGUUUGUCGGAAUCAACCACGCAAGUGUUAAACUAGAUUUCGCCAACAAUGUUCAGCUCUCCCUGACCCUGGCCGCCUUGUCUUUGGGCCUGUGGUGGACGUUUGACCGCUCCAGAAGUGGCUUUGGCUUGGGCAUCACCACCGCCUUCCUGGCUACCGUCAUCACACAGCUGCUGGUCUACAACGGAGUGUAUCAGUACACAUCUCCAGACUUCCUGUAUGUGCGCUCCUGGCUCCCCUGCAUAUUCUUCUCAGGCGGUGUCACUGUGGGCAACAUCGGACGGCAACUGGCCAUGGGUGGCGUUGAGAAACCUCACAUGGACUGAACUGUGAACUGCACAAGUGCUAUAGAGGAAGACCUUAAGUGAAGAACAUUUUAAGCAGAAAUGGAUUAACAGGAAAGGAAGAAUGAGAAGGAUAACCUGAGAAAAACCGACUCCUUGUUUUCGACUCCAUCCUUUGUUCUAAUAACAAAGUACAGGUCAAUUCUGCCCCAUCAGCUAACGUGCCAUGCCCUUCGAAUCUUCUUGCAGCCAAAUGAAUCGCCAUUCCCGAUGUCCUCCAUUAGCAUUAAGGCAUCCUUCGCACUAAACUGGAGGAUGGACUUGGCCUUGUUUUGAUUUUGUUGUUCAUUGUCUCAUGUGACAAAUGGACACACAAUGAUUUUGUUUCAUGAAGUGGACUCCUGUGUGCGCGAGUGUUUGAGCGUGGAUGUAGUACGGUCUUAGCAGAAAAGACUUGACGAUUUUGCAAAGAUGUCUUGAGAUUUUCUUUUUUUUUUUUUUAAACCUGACUGUAAUAUGGUCAUAAAAGGGAAACUUAGUCUGAGUGGGGACACGCCUGUCUUCACUCUUUCAUAGAAUUGUAUUCAGCGAUAUUGCAUGUUCCCCAUCAAACCAAAUUAAAGUAUUUAUUUUUAGAAAGUUUUCACUGAACUAGCAGACGCAUGUGGGAUUCAGAUUUAGGCUCUUCGGUUCUUGAGGAAUAGUUUGGGAAAUUAUUUGCUUUCUUUCAAACUUUAACUUUAGCUGAACUACUUUAAAUUGUCUAUGUAAAAAAAAAAACGCACAAAAAACCCCACAUGAUUUCUCAAAGGUGAAUUUUAAUGUACAGUUAAUUUAGACUUGCUUUAAAUUUUCAAGAGCCUCCUAAUUGUAAAUGCAAUUCAUAAGCUCCAGUUCCCUCACCUCAUCAAAGUUGGAGCAAAGUUUUUAUACGAGGCCUUGCAGAUUAGAUGCGAUAUGAGUAAAUAGUUGCAGGAUUGCUUAUUUCUUGCAUCAGACCUCGCAGGGUUGCAGAUCUGCAGCUGGACUUUUCUAAGAGUUUCUUAUUUGGAAAUUGCGCUUUGAACAUGGGGAGCAAAAAUAAAUAAAUUUGCUUAGCUUUUCUGCAAAUGGCAAAACGGGCUUGUUGCUUGGUUAGUUCCAGUAAAAAUGAAGAUGAGCUUUGCAUUUGUUUUCAGGAUUUCAGAGGAAAGCAAAUGGUUUCCCACAGUGUUGGUUUAUGUAGAAGUGGAUAGUUGAAAUGAAAAGCAAAAUGGUGGUAUGUAAAAAGUGCCAUUGUUCAGAAUACUCUAUACUAAGAGAGUAUAAGCACAUGCAUUUGUGUUUAAGAGGUACACUGCAAGACAUUUGGGGCACCUCAUGCAAAACUUGACAGCGUCUUCUUUGAUUUUAUGUUUUGCUUGUAAAAAAAAAAAAAAAAAAAAGAAAAAAAA